UGCUGCCAACACUGAUGAUAGAUAAGAAAUGGUCAGCUGAAAUGGUAUUAUUUAAUUAUUUAAGAAAAUAAUAUAUGCAGGUAUUUCAAUGAAGAAUCAUUUAUAAUGAGAACUACGAAGUAUAAAAACAUAUUUCGAGAGUACAAUAUACCAAUCGAUAAGCCUAGAAAUCGAAAGAAGAAACAAGUAGCGAAUAAAAAGUAUGCCAAAACUAAUUAUACACAUGAGGAGGACACAAUAGAACAUUUCAGCGAGGAUGAAAAUAUUUCAAACACUUAUCCAUUUAUUCAAUUGAGAAGGUCAUUUGAGAUACCUUUAAAACUUGUUCGCGUUGAAAGACAAAAUAACUCCAUAGGAUGUUCUGUGAAGAGGAAUACAACAGCACAAAAAGGAAACAGACCUACGGUGGAAGAUAGUGAUGAUGACCCAAUGCCUUUGCCAAUAGUAAUAAAGGAGAUUUUGCCUCAACUAAAUGAGGAAAUUCAGUUACCCAUCUCACAAUCAACCCCAUCUAAUAUAUCUAGAGGCAAUACCAGAACCCUUCUGAGAUCUAACGUAUCUUCGGACGAAUCUUCAAUGACGUCGAAAUAUAGCAGCAGAAAAACAUGGGUGAAGAAAAAGAGCACUACUUUUGGCUUAACAAACUCCUUCAAAAAGAGAAAAAUACCCUCAGUGGUUGAUAGUGAUGAUGACUUCAUGCCAUUGCCAAUCAUAAUAAAGGAGGAAAUAUUAUCACAACAAAAUGAGGAACUGCAAAUACCUAUCUCCCCAUCCAUUACUUCAAGUGACCAUAGUUUACCACUCCUGAGAGCCAAAGUAUCUUCUGAUGAAUCUUCGGUGACAUCAGAAGAUUAUAGUAAAAAAUCGUUGGUGAAGAAAAAUACCAGCUCUUCUAAAAUUUCAAACUCGUGCAAACAAUGCAGAAAGAAAGUCAUUGCUCGGUAUAGACCUCUGGAUAUAACUAUUGUUGAUAAAAUAACAACACCAGCGAGCACAAGUGAAAUGAGUCGUGGGCGUAAAGGCCAAACAACAAAACUAGGAGGAGAUUUUAAUUCACUCACCCAAACAAAUAUGAACUUUUCUUGGAGUUCACCAGACGCACAGCCUUUUCAAAAUACAAAUGCGAAUAAGUCUUUUCUAUGCAGUUCGCCAAAACCUUCACAAAUUAUAGCAACACCUUCCAGAACACCGUCUCCACGAAAAAAGCCAUCGGAAUUAGAUUUAAUGAUAGAGCUAAUAGAGCAACAGAACUCCGUAGCUAAAAGAAUUCUAAGAAAGUCUCCGAGGAAGUUAUCUAAACGAUGUUUGCAAGGUGGACAUGUAGAGCAGUACCAACGUUUGCUCGAUAAAGCAAAAACUGAUUCAAAAUUUUUGAAGCAUGACAAAAAGUUUGGUCUGAAGAGGGGUGUUACAUUAAUGGUACUUGGUGUGAUACAUGAACAUGGUAUUCAGAUUGCAAAAGUACAGCUGGACGAUUGCGGAAUAAACAACAACAUAUUCGCUAUUGUUAUACCUAGUCAUAUGGCAAAUAUAGUUAAAACGAGUUCCAAAAUUGAGGCUUUUUUUGAUGAAUCUACUAGACCUUAUACCAUAGAAUUCAAUGGAGAAAGUCUAGACGUAUUUAUAGAACCAUACAAGCUGUUGCUGCUCUAAUCCACCAAGAUUUCUUAUUUAGAAAAACAAGUUUGUUAUAAGAAUUAUUUAAUUUAAUUUUAUUUUUUUCCCAAUGAAUUGUUAUUUUUAUUUGCUGAUUUAAACUAAAAUGAAUUUAAAUUUGAAAAUGUAGGAGACACGUGAUGUUCAUUGAAAAUGAAUUUGUUUUAAUACUAUAAUGCCAUAAAUACAAAAACAAAAUACAGCCUAGUCUAUUGUCCAUGGAUUUGGAGAAAGCAUU